AUGCAUCUGGCGCUGUCGGAGGCGGCUGACCCUCUGCUUCCCACAUCAAUCAAGGUAGAUACUUCGGUCGUGCUAACCACUGAACUGGCGGUCGCUACCAUUCCGACUUACUACCCUCAUGUCGUUUGCUGCGGUGAAGGAGUUAAGCGCAGGCUGCACUGCCUUCGUUACUUCGACAACUUUGGCGGGGGCGGCAGCGGCAGCGGGAGUGGCAGCGGAGUCAUGUGCCUGAAGGCGAUGAGGCACAACGGAGUUUCGAAACAGGCGCUGUUGAACGACCCGAAAAGGAUCUGUGCUUCGAAGAUUAACAGUGAACAUUUAUGUGACAGUAGCGCAAUGUCGAAAUUUCGCCCGGACGAAACGUACGGUUCGAACGGUUCUUCGAACCUGACCUCCAGCUGGUCCUUCCGAGAAGAAUACGAAAACGUCACUUUGAUGUAUGCGAAACACGAAAAAAUUCCCAUGAAAGACUUUAACUCUGAGGUCAGAGCUACGAUGGACAUCGACCACCUUCUGAACAAAGCCGUGUUGCUGCUAAACCUGCCGGAAACCAGUUUGGAAGAAAUAUUUAACAAGUAA